AUGAGCCAAUUCAAUGGACCGGCCUCCUCGGUGACGCCAACACAAAACAACAUCUUCAGACAUGGCCGCUCGCUUUCCCAUCAGGGUCCUGGUGAGACAAACGGUGCAAGAGAAGGACAAGAAGCUCGAUCGCUUGCCAAUGCGCUUGUCUUUGGGCCCCGGGGUACCUCGCUUGCGCCUUCAGGGCAGCCGCCCGGUAGCUUUAGCUCCGACUUGAAGACCGUAUCAACACCUCGAGCUGGGACUCCGAGAGCAGAGCUGGGUGGUUCUACCGGCGGUGACUACUUUGGAAUGGAUGGAGCAACGUCUUCUGAACAGCGGCAACAUGAGUUACGAGACAAGAUCAACAAGGAAACAAAAAUCAAAAUCGGCUCAGAGAACUUGUUGGAGGCCUUGAUUUCGAAGAAUGCCAAACAGACAAAGGACCAAAGGCAGAAAGUGGAAUCUGAGCUCACAUCAUCUAAUCGGAAGCUCCAAGAGCUUAACCUUCAGCUGGAGAAUGAGAUCGAGCGUUCUAAACGUCCAGCGACGCCCGGUAGAGACCGCCUUUCUGGCCUCUUUCAAGGAAGUCCUCUCAAAUCGCCCAUUAGGGAUGAGAGACUAUCACAAGACCAAUUUUCUUUGCUGGAACAAGAAUCAGAGUCCCCAACAUUCAUUCUCGCCGAGAUUCUUCAAGCCUUGGAAUCAGAGGGCAUGCAGCCUGACUACUACGUUGAUCGAGCCAACAGCCUUGUCGAGUUGUUCAAGAGAUACCCGACUCUGAAGUACGAUCUUGCCUGGCCUAUCUUUGGGCUAAGAGUGCAGACUAUGCUUCUCAGUGAAAGUCGAGAGGUCGUCGCCGCAGGCUACCGAGUUACGAGACACGCGAUUGCAGAUCGGCAAUCUCUAAAGACAAUUCGUAGCCUGAACACCGACAGUCUCGUGAUCUUAUCGCUAAUUAAGGAAAGCAAAGCGAGCAUUGAAAGGGAACAGGCCCUCAAAUUUGUCCGAGCAUUUCUGGACGUCAAAGAGGGUAUCAAGGAACUCUCGAAAGCAGUUAUCCGUACUGUUGUUUCCAUUGCGGAGCACCACGAAGAUCGUCUUCGAAACAUAAGCCUUUUGACAAUAUCCGAGAUCCUUGUUCGAGAUCCGGCAACCAUCGUAACCGCUGGAGGAAUAGCCCCACUCGCUGAUGCUCUCGUGGAAGGAUCGUAUCAUGGAUCGGAAAGCUUGGCUAUGAGUUUUCUACAUUUGCUAGACAAGCCACAGCAAAGGGUCUAUCUGCCAUCCGGUCACGAGCUGGAAUCAGCGUUCACGCCUUUUACCGAUCCUCUUACAGUCCAUGGUCAUGAGGAAAAGCUGAAGUCGAGCGCAAAAUUGCUUGCCGCCAUUUUGAAAACAUGGCCAGGCCUCUUCACAGCCGUCAGUAAAAAUUUCUCAGCAAUUCGGUCUUUGCUCCAAUCCUUGCAGUACCCUGUGCCAAUAGCCAGAGAUCUGAUUCUAGAUCUUCUCUUCGACGUCUUACACAUACAACCUCCUUCCUGGACUUCAUCUUUUCUGGCAGGCCGCCGAUUGACCACCUACGGUCGUGUUGCCAAUUUGAAAGCAGACACCACAGAAUUACCCUUCAAAGCCGACAUUGAGGAAGGAAGCAGCUUCAGCCUUAUGGACCACUUUACGGCUUUGCUUCUUGCUGUUUUCAUGCAAUGUGAUCUAGUAGCGUCUCUUUCUGAGCUCAUUGAGGAUACCGAUGAUUCCAUGUUAAGGAGAAAGGCUACCUUGCUUCUGAGUGAGGUCUUGAAGCUUGCGGACCAUUGCUUGCCAACUGCUGUCAGCGCUAACCUACAGCCGCUACCGGGACUACUCGAAGAGUCGGUUCGAGAAGGAGAACAGGAAGGUUCGAUACCUAGCGGGAUGAUUUACCAAAUCGACAGUGUCAACCGUACUUUGCAGCGCUCCAGUCUAGCAUCCAAAGCACAGCAGUCGGCCACCGCUGCUAGGCAUGUGGAUUUGAACAGCUCCUCCCGGCCUCCCGAGCCUGUGAAGAGCAAAUUGUCCGUAGACAUAGAUGAGCUUCAAUUUCGAUCUCUCCUAUUGGAAACGCAGGUUCUCACCACAGCCAACUAUCUGAAAUGGAAGUGGGACCUCAUUAAUGAUCUCAUUGAAGGACCGCUGCUCAAUUCCAAACGUCUUGAAGAGUCGAUCAAGGCGAGCAAAUUCAUGAAGCGACUGAUUGGAUUCUUCCGACCAUUCAAGUACAAAUUCUCUGAUGCGCGUAAUACCAAGCCAAACCAGCGUUACGUCCGCACUGGAUGUGCCCUAAUGAAAACACUUCUACGGAACCAAGAAGGAAUCGCUUAUCUGACAGAGAGCAAACUGCUGCGGCAAUUGGCUGAGUGCCUUGCCCAGCUGGAUAGGACAAGUGGCCUGACAGCCACACAACCGCUUUUCUCUCCCUAUCGAGUCUCGGAAACAUUGGCCGGAGGGUACUUCGCACUCUUGGGUGCUUUGAGUAGCGAUCCCAAGGGACUUCAGAUGAUUGAACGUUGGCGCAUGAUCAACAUGUUUUAUCAUAUCAUGGAGCUAGACGGACGGGAGGAUCUCAUACGCAUUCUUCUCAGCAACAUGGACUUCUCCUUGGACAGUCAUCUCCGAGUCAUGUUGUCCAAAGCGUUGACCUCUUGCCCGAAGAGCGUUCGCAUCUAUUCCACGAGACUUUUGCGGAAGUACGCAACGUCCUCGACGCAAGGAGCUGGUCAGGGUAUGAGUCAGGGAGGUUGCGAAUGGGCCAUCUGUCUUUUGGUCACGCAACUUUACGAUCCGGAAGUGCAGGUGUGUGAAAUUGCUGUACAAAUCCUGGAAGAAGUCUGCAACCAAAGAGCACAGCUCGAAUACGUCGUCAGGUGCCGUCCCGCUUUGGAUCAUCUUGGCGCCAUCGGCGCUCCUUUACUUCUACGCUUUUUAUCUACGUCACUGGGGUAUCAGUACCUUCACGGCCUCGAUUAUAUCACCCAAGAAAUGGACGAUUGGUUUCUUGGCCGAAAUGAUGCCUAUGUUACCUUGGUAGAAGCCUCACUGUCUCGUGCACUGAUGGUGCUCCCAGAGCAACCCAAGUCUAGCACUGACGAGCAACUCAGAAGUCAAGAAUACGGGACUGUUCCUCCGCAUUUCUACAGAGAGCUUACGAGGACGAUCGAAGGGUGUCAGCUCUUGCGAGACUCGGGACAUUUCGAUGCUUUCGUCGCGAAUAUCCGGGAUAAAUGGGGUGAGCAUGAGGAUUCGGAGACAAUGCUCAAGCUUAAAGGCUCACUGUGGGCUGUCGGCAACGUUGGAUCUAUGGAACUUGGAGCAUCUUUUCUAGAAGAGACGGACGUUGUGGGGUGGAUUGUGAAAAUUGCAACGUCUUCCGAGGUCAUGACGAUAAGGGGCACAGCUUUCUUUGCCUUGGGCUUGAUUUCGCGCAGUCUACACGGGAUGGAAAUCCUCACAGAGCAUGGUUGGACUGCAGCAACUGACCAUCUCGGCCGUUCACUCGGAUAUUGCUUGCCACCGUACCUCCAGGAUCUCUUCUCGAUGGAGUCUCAAAAAGUAUCCAGUUCACCCGAUCAAAAGCCACCAUCAUUGAGGCGAAAGCAGAUGACCGAUCCCGAGGAAGACCCCAUCCAGGCUCGCAUUCUCAGCCUAGCCGGCGACCUUGGCAACACAGUGCUUACCAAGAGAGCGGCGAGCGAUCUCUUCGGCAUCAAAACCAAGGCACCUGAGCUAUUCACUUCGGUAGCCCUCUUUCGAAAAAUCAUGCUCAUCCUCGAGGGGCAUAAUUUCCGCCUUCCCGUGCGUCGUUUUGUGAUUGAUUUAUUUGACAAGACAAUCAUGAGGCGGAUAGUGCUUGAAGAAGAGUACGGGAAUGAUCAUGAGCCUUCGGAUGCAAGGAGUGACUUGGUAGGCUAG